AUGGUGUUCCCAAUUUUAGUAACGUGUGCGGAUUCCAAUGAUCCAGUGCAGUUAGCGACUAAUUUGCAAACGCUCCUAGAAGAUGUAUUUAGCAAGAACAGACACCACGAGGCUAACCCGGAUCAUAAGCUCUUCAGCUUUGAUUUUAUCAAAGAUACCUUAAUCCAGUACGGUUACGUAGUGGAAACGCAAGAAUUUGUUGGGGAAAACGACACAUAUCGUGGGUCUAAUGUAAUAGGCAUUUUACCGGGAAUCCGGAGAGGUACUGGGGAUGACCAAGUUAGCUCAUUAGGAGCUCAUUUUGAUACAGUAUCUACCACACCUGGUGUCGACGACAAUGGUUCUGCGAUGGCCGGACUCUUGGAAGCUGCACGUAUUGUGAGUGAGGAAAUGUGUCAGCCUGCAAACACUAUUAUCUUCGUUGCAUUUGACCUUGAGGAAAACCAACCAGAUGCUGGCGGAUUGCUGGGAAGUAAACAUUUCGUGAACGAAUGGUUGGCCCCUUUCUUGGAAAACGAUGACGGUACUACUAGCACCUUCUUGGGGUCGAUUGUACUCGAGAUGAUUAUGAACUAUGACGACACACCAAACAGCCAACUUGUUCCAAAAGGAUUUGAUGUGCUGUAUCCAGACGAAUACGAAGUACUCGCCAGUCGGAAUUUUACUGGAGACUUCAUAACACUCAUAGGCAGGGAGGACGAUGAUGCACUGUUGUUAUCCAAGUGGCAAGAACACUGGGCUGCCAUUGAAACUAAUAAAUUCCCUGAAGUGACUCUGGAAGUACCCAUAUCAGGUCGUCCAACCCCACUGGAAUACCUGCUAUAUCAUGAUCUUUUCAGAAGUGACCAUGCAUCAUUCUGGUUCUAUUACCCAGACUCCUAUGCAGCGAUAAUGGUCACAGAUUCAUCUGAAUUCCGUGGAUACCAGGAGGUAUGCUACCACACACCGUGCGAUAAUACCUCGUGGAUUACAGAGGAAAGAAUGAUGUUCAUGGCAAAGUCGACACGCACCGCCGCCAAUAUGCUGCUAGAGUUUGGGAUUGACUCCUGCACACAAAGUAACGAAUGGCUUCAAGGUAUUAAAUAA